ACGCUUGGUUCAACUUCAACCGAAUCCUUUCUUUUCUUCUCCCUUUGUCGAUUUGUGAAGGAUAUUCUAGCCCUGGGUCGAAUCUCAGCCGCCUCCACAAUCCGUCCCCCUCGCCGUCGACGCCUCCUUCUCGCCAUUCUCGCCGUCGAUGCAAUCCUUCUGCACCAUUCUCGCCGCCUCCGCCAUCCGUCGAGGGUCAGAAUCUCAUUAAGAUCCGAACACGUACGGGUUCCUGGCCAAAAUUUUCCGGGUACUGACCCACAUAAGUAGGUGGGCCGGGUCCCACUUUCAGUGCCCCUCAUAAGUUCGAACGUCAAAACCAAGAAAGAGCCACACUCAACACCGGUCACCGUCUUCGCCGAGAAGUCGACUCUACUGAUCGAUUCCGGCUGCUAAAGCUCGCCGCCGGCAAUCUCGUCGCCGUUUCCGGUCAUCUUAGUCGAAUACCAGUUUGAGGUUAUAUUGAGACUUGAAGAGCAAUGGCUGUAGUUGCUUCGGCUCCCGGAAAGGUAUUGAUGACUGGGGGCUACCUUAUUUUGGAGAGGCCCAAUGGGGGAAUUGUGCUCAGCACGAACGCUCGAUUCUAUGCAAUUGUGAAACCACUUUAUGAGGAAACUAAACCUGAUAGCUGGGCAUGGGCAUGGACGGAUGUGAAAUUAACUUCUCCUCAGAUGUCAAGAGAAACUAGUUAUAAAUUGUCGCUAAAACAUUUAACACUUCAGUGUGUCUCUGCAAGUGAAUCAAGGAAUCCAUUUGUAGAAUAUGCAGUGCAAUAUGCUGUAGCAGCAGCCCACACAACAUUUGAUAAGGACAAGAAGGAUUUGCUGCAUAAACUACUUCUGCAAGGUCUUGAUAUCACUAUAUUAGGUUGCAAUGACUUCUAUUCAUAUCGGAAUCAGAUUGAAGCACGUGGUCUCCCUUUGACAGCAGAAUCAUUAGCUUCUCUUCCACCUUUUACAUCAAUUACUUUCAAUAGUGAAGAAGCAAAUAAUGAAAAUUGCAAACCUGAAGUUGCGAAAACUGGAUUGGGAUCCUCUGCAGCUAUGACAACUGCAGUAGUUGCUGCUUUAUUACAUUACCUUAGAGUGGUUAAUCUUUCACCCUUGACUUCCCAUCACCAAGAAAGGGAGAAUAUCAUGGAUCUUGAUAUGGUGCAUGUGAUAGCUCAGACCGCUCACUGUAUUGCACAAGGCAAAGUUGGCAGUGGGUUUGAUGUUAGUUCUGCAGUAUAUGGGAGUCAAAGAUAUGUUCGUUUUUCACCAGAAGUGCUUUCUUCUGCUCAGGAUGCAGUUAAAGGACAAGCAUUGGAAGAGGUCAUUGGUGAUAUCCUGAAGGCUAAAUGGGACCAUGAGAGGACUAAAUUUUCACUACCUCCUUUGAUGAAUCUUUUACUAGGAGAACCAGGAACUGGAGGAUCAUCCACCGUAUCAAUGGUAGGUGCUGUCAAGAAGUGGCAAAAAUCUGACCCUGGAAGGGCACAGGCAACUUGGAAGAAGUUGUCUGAGGCAAAUUCAUUACUUGAAAUCAGACUCAAUACGUUAAGCAAAAUGGCAAAAGAGCAAUGGGAUUCGUAUAGACACAUCAUUGACAGCUGCAGCAUGCUUACAUCUGAAAAGUGGGUGGAGCAAACCAGUGAACCAAGCAAAGCAGAAAUUGUCAAAGAACUGUUAGGAGCAAGAGAUGCCAUGCUUGAGAUCAGGUAUCAUAUGCGUGUGAUGGGUGAGGCUGCAGGUAUACCGAUAGAACCUGAAUCACAAACUCAGCUUUUGGAUGCUACCAUGAAUAUCGAAGGGGUACUAUUGGCUGGAGUUCCUGGAGCGGGCGGCUUUGAUGCUGUUUUUGCUGUCACCUUAGGAAACGCAAGCAGUGCCAUCAGUAAAGCAUGGAGCUCACUUAAUGUUCUGGCCUUACUGGUGAGAGAAGACCCUCGUGGUAUUUCUCUAGAAAGCGGUGAUCCCAGAGCCAAUCAAAUCACUUCAGCCAUCUCUUUGGUUCAUAUUCAAUAGGCUGGCAUCAUACCCUUUACAUUAUUUGGUAAUUCAAUCUAGUUCCUUAAAACAUGGGCAGGAACAGUAAUGGUUUAAGGAUCUUGUCAAUUACGGAAAUAAGUUUAUGGACAUGCUUAGCCUGGGAAUGUUGUAGGACCUGCUAAACAAUAAAUGUCUAUCAAAUAUCUGUUGUAAUUUCAUUGUAACAUUUGUGCAAAUUGCAGUCGCAGGAAA